UCCAACACCCGCAGCUGUGAUUAGGGAAACCCGUGGAGCCCUGGCAGGAGAGCGGCAUUUUGAGCUUGAAGUUGAGGCGAGUGGCGGCGGCGGUGUGAAAGACGGGGACUUCAUGGAGUAGGCCGUAGGUGUGUUGGUGGUUAUGUUGCACCAAAGCGGCGACUGCUUAGGCCUACACUUGCGCACAAACUUCCCCCAAAACGGACUUUACUCGGACAGGCGCUGGUUUAUUUUCGGAGAGCAUCUUCGUGUCUUAUCCCUCUUGGGUUUGUGCGUAAACUCGAAACGGAUGAGCAGGUUCGAAAUCAGUCACCACUAACUUUUUACUGCUACCUUAAAUUUUUUCCGACGCGUGCUUGUUAGUAGGCUUUCACACAGUGUGGAAGAUGUCUGAAAGAUCGCAGAGUCCGGAAUGCCAAAGCAGGCCGUAUGACUUCAGCCGGGCCAACCCUUGCACCCAGGUUUUGGGUCAAGAUGGUUUGGCCAACGCCGCGUCAUUCCAGCUCCCUCACAGCGUUCUGCCAGACCCGAGCCUCCUCUACAACAAAUCCUGUUAUAGUGGCAUCACACCGGCCUCUGCGCAGACCUUUUUCCCUUUCCCACCUGUGGCCAGUGACUACAGGGGAUCCGACCUGCAGGCUGGGGAGUUUGGGCAACCCAAGCACUGGUAUCCCUUCGCUGCGCCCGAGUACACCGGCCAGGUACCCGGCGUAACAGCAGCUACCCAGCCUACAAACCUUAGUCCCCCCAUAGCCGAGACCCGGGAGCAAAUCAAGCUGCCCGAAAUAAAGACUGAGAAGGACACUGGCGAUGACUACUCAACAGAGAUAAAGGGUCAGCAGUACCCGACACCGCCCGCCUCCGCCGCAGUGCCCCAUGGAGUCUUCUACCCUGCGGCCUGGAACCCGUCCUUCUGGCCGGGGAUCGCCCAUAUCACCCCGCCCGGUAGCAGUAAUCAAAAUCCCUCAACAUCCUCUGCAUCUUCGCCUUCUAUGUCCCCUUCACCCCCAAGCAACGGGCUUCCAGGAAACGCCUUUUUCAGCGUGAACACAACCCAGGCUGCCCCCGGGCCCCAGACCCAGAACCCGGCCUCUUCCACGCGGAGCAGCGGGUCUUCCAGCGGCGGUUGCAGCGACUCUGAGGAGGAGAACCUUUCCACUGAAGAACUGGAGCAGUUUGCUAAGGAACUGAAACACAAACGCAUUACUUUGGGUUUCACUCAAGCUGAUGUUGGCCUUGCCCUGGGUAACCUUUAUGGUAAGAUGUUCAGCCAGACGACUAUUUGCCGCUUUGAGGCUCUGCAGCUUAGCUUUAAGAACAUGUGCAAGCUGAAACCCCUUCUUCAGAGAUGGUUGAAUGAGGCAGAGACCUCGGAGAAUCCCCAGGAUAUGUACAAGAUUGAAAGAGUAUUUGUUGACACCAGAAAGAGGAAGAGGAGGACUAGUCUGGAGGGAGCAGUGCGCUCUGCUCUGGAGUCUUACUUUAUCAAGUGUCCCAAACCUAAUACCCAGGAGAUCACACACAUCUCAGAUGACCUGGGCCUGGAGAGAGAUGUGGUACGUGUUUGGUUCUGCAACCGCAGACAGAAAGGAAAGCGCCUGGCCUUGCCACUGGAUGAGGAGUGCGACGGCCAGUAUUACGAGCAGAGCCCCUCCCCACUGAACAUGGCCCCUUCCCCCAUUCCCAGUCAGAGCUACCCUGCUUCCAGCUACCCUGGAGCCCCUCCUCCCACACUGUACAUGCCCCCACUUCACCGACCCGAUGUCCUGAAGCAAGCCCUUCACCCCGGACUUGUUAGUCACCUGACUGGAUAAACGUGCUCAGGUAGUCCCAGCCAAAUUCAUAGCUUACCUUCCCAAGCCUCUUUGACUCCAAUCGCCUGACUGGCCAAUACUAUUGGUAGAAAACAGGAUAGAAACAAUUCAAGGGAGGAGGCCCUUCUGUUCACUGCAGCAAAGAGAUGGAUCAAAGUUGCUUUGUGUUCCUGUUCUUCAGCUGAAAUGUAACUGCAAUGGGCCACAUCCUCUAACCAUGACAUGAAACGCCACACCAACAACUGGUUUGACUUUGAAAAUUUGAACUGAAAGUUAAAUCUGCCUUUUGUAUUAUGUGGUCUUGGAUUAUGCAUAGUAAGUUAUUCCAUAGGCUUGAGUCAAUGUAGGUUUAGAAGAAAUAAUUGGUGCUAUAUUAUUGUCAAGCUAUGGAAUGAUUGUGUAAAUACAAGCAGGGUUAAAGAACCAGGGUAUUCCAUCCACUUAUGCUAAACCCUGGGAAGGUUUUCUGUGGUGCACAUGUCGAAAGAUCUGGGUUAUCAAGGGAAUCUCAAUGUGAGAAAUGCUUAAGAACAGAAUUCAUCCUCGACAUUUGGGUCAAUAUUUGUGCAAUACUUCUGUGUCCCAUCUGGAAAGAGCAGCUACGGUAUUUGUCUAAACCGUCUCCACUGGAAUGGAAAACAAAUUCUUAAGAUGAAUUUUUCAAUUUUUUUUUUUUUUUGCACAAAGUUGCUUUUUGUAAUGUUUUUGUAUUCUUUUUAAAAAUGUCCUGUUUUGUAUACCAAACCCAAAUUUUGUCCUAUAGUUGUUGAUUUUCAUCGACAUCUUGAGCAAAUAUUUUAGCAAGAAAUGGGGAAUGAUGAGAUUCAAAGUAGUAAUUUAAGUGAAUGUGACAAAUGUUAUGUUACUCUCAAAUGUCUUAGCUGCUACGAUCGCCAUUUGCACAUUGUCAAUAUUUUCUCUCAAAGUCUCAGGUGAAUGGCAGUGACAUAAAUGUCUGACUUCAUCAGCUAUUGAAAAGUUGACCAACUCUGUUCGAAUACCUCAUUUUGAUUUCAUCGUAAAUUGUUUUUGUUAAUGUUGAAUAACACUUGAUACUAAGUCAAGUCUGAGUGCUCACUGGAGGUGUAUUUUAAGAAGUUGCUUUUUACUCAGAUGACAAUUUUAGAAAUGAAGACAUUAAAUGUCAGUUACUCUCCUUCACCAUGCAUCGCAUGACUUAAGUCCCUAAGUGACCAUGAAAUUAUGAGCAAGAACCAACUUCGAGUUGUCACUUGAACAUUUGAAUAAUCUUUGAUAGUAUCUUGCCUCAUGAAUAACAUUACUGACUUGAGUAUUUACUGUAAGAGCGCAGUCAUACCUGUGACUAGCUAUUUUUUAUAACCUUUUCGCAACAGAUUGUAAAUGGAUUAAUAAUUUAUUGAAAUGUUAGCUACACUGAGAAGUUUGCACUCAACACAUCUUUAACCUGAAUGUGUAUCUGCAUCAAGGGAAACUGACUUUUUUUCC